AUGCCGAGGAGACGGAAGCAUUCGAGGACGAGCAUCGAGGAAAGGACGGAAAUAGUCUUGCUCUGGUUAAAUGGAGCGACCAUUAGGAAGAUAGCCGAGGUCACAGGGACUAGCACAGGCACCGUCUGCCGAUGGGUCCACCGCUGGGUUGAAUACGGCAACUUAAACCAAAGGACCGGCCAUGGAUUUGGUCACUAUUCUCCGCGCUUCAGAUGCUACGAUCCUGUUUUACCAUCGUCGGAACCCCAGCCGCUUCCUUUUUUAUCAGUAGAAGGAAAGAGACUGGAUGUUAGAAUGCGCCUAUGGACUUUAGUGUUCCUGAUGCUGCCAGGUGUUCGUUGCUUCCGAAAUGAGUUAACAGAAAAUGACGACGUCCUAUUCAGCGUGACGUCAUCUGUGAUGCGGGAGUCUUGGCUUCCAGGAUCGACCGUCGUCUACGUCACAGAUGGCACCGUCCCCCACCAGUCCCUCGGGAGAAUUCGCAAGUCAUCGAGGUAUAUGGUCCUACUGUUAGUUUCCAGCAACGGCGACUUCUUGAGCCAGUUCGUCAAAGAAGCCACUGAUAAUGAUGCUCUCAUCUGGCCAACAAGACUCAUCGUCGUCACCCGUCUGUCGCUUCAGCGUCUGCAGUCACUUGGGAAAGCCCUCUCCGGCAUCAAUGCGAUGGUCGUCACCCGGGAGACUUCGAAGGCAGGAAGAUGGGGUAUCUACAUGUACUUGCCUUAUAGUCAUCGAGUCGUCCUCGUAGCAUCUUGGACCUUAGUCGCAGGACUUUCUUAUCGUGCGAACACCCACCUGUUCCCUGACAAAUUUCGGAGGUUGACUGACGGAGCUCAUUUAGGCGUCAUUGGUCAGAACUUUCCCCCUCACGUUGUCGUUCGGAAAACAAGAAGCAACGAUUCUCGGGAGAGCAGAUUCGCUUUUACUGGACCCCUCUUGCUGGUGCUGGAGAUGCUUGCACGCAACAUCAAUUUCACUUACGACUUAGUACAGCCUCCUGACGGCUCUUGGGGGUUUCUUUUCCCUAAUGGGACGUGGAAUGGAAUGAUUGGCAUGUUACACAGGAAGGAAGUGGACUUCGGUCUGGGUCCGUUCGGCAUAACCUACCUGCGGGCGCAGGUGGUCGACUUCACAAGCCCUUUGGUGGUCGACUACGGCCGUAUCCUCGGCAGGAGGGGAAACACCGCAGUGGAUCCCUGGAGUUUCGCCUUGCCCUUGACGUACUCGGUUUGGGCCUCGACUUUUGCGACGUUAAUCAUCGUCUUGCUGCUUGCCAAGGUCUUGGCGAAAAUCCACUGGAAUCCAGAAUUCCAGUCUCCCAGGAUUUCGUCGUCUGUGUAUUUACGCACUUUCCUCCAGCAGGAUGUCGAGGUCUCCGCCGACAGCAGUUGGGAGAGGAUGAUCCUGGCCGUGUGGAUACUGGCGAUCUUCGUCCUGACCGAAUGCUACAGCACCAAUUUGAUAUCUCUCCUGGCGGUUCGGUAUAUCUCCGAGCCUUACCAGACCGUGAGGGCUAUGCUGGAUGAUCCCAAGGUUACCAUGAUUUGGUUCGCAAACACUGCUCAUCAACAGUACUUGGCUGGCGUCGAAUCUGGCAUAUUCUACGAGCUGGUUCAGGUCGGGAAGAGAGGCCGAAUGAAACUGAUCACUCCGGCCGAGUACGAAGAAACCGUGACAACCUACGUUUCUCGGGGAGACUAUGUCAUGAUGAACCCCGACACCAUUAUGAGGAUGUUUCUCACUGAGGACUAUAUGGAUAAAGGAAGCUGCAAAUUUUACCUGUCCAAGGAAGGGUUUCUUCCUCUCACUUUCUGUAUGGUGGUUCAGAAGUACAGCCCUCUUCUGGGCCCUAUCAAUGAAGUAAUUAGAGCUGUAAUAGAAGGCGGAUUUUACAAUUACUGGUUGGACAAUGCGUUUGCCAAUGCGAAGUCUUGCAAGAACCCUCCCAGGAAAAUUACUGUCCAAGAGCCCUUAGCCCUGGCCAAUCUCUGGGGGAUGUUUGCCGUCCUUGUCAGUGGCUACCUUAUUGGCGCUUUCGUCCUGUACGAACCGCCUAAAGUACCACUUCCUACUAUCUACAUGGGAUCGUCCUCAGUAGCCUUCACGCCUUCGCAUUUUUGGAGAGAAUUACGACUCUCGAGGUUUAUAAUGGACAUGGGGUCGCCUGUUGUUGUUACGCGCAAAGAAGAGUUCAGCUCAUCAUCGAGGAUCUUCAUGGAGUCCGUGAAUAAUCUACAGAUGGAUCUGGAAGUCCCUAACGAUGGAGAAUGGAGUGGUGCUGGUCCAAGUGACUGUGACUAUUAA